AAAGAAACAACUGUAUAUACACCAAGAAAUCCCAUGGGUUAUGAUGGAGAGUUGUUUUCAACUUUAGCAUAGAUACAUCCACCAGCCUAUCAACUUCUUAGCAAAUACGUUUCUCUGAGUGACACUCUCUCACUUCACACCUUAGUUUUAUAGGAAACACUGAAAACAACUAAACCCGAGCUCUUCUUCCAGUCCCUUCCAAUGGCUACACUCUGCAAAUACCCUUUUCUUCUCUCCCUCUGCUUCACAUUCUUCAUGUUUUCCUCAGCUUCAACUCAAGAAGCUGAUGCCCUUCUUAAUUUCAAGGCUUUCAUUGAUGACCCUAACCACUCUCUUUCCAGUUGGUCUAAUAAUUCAGGUGUUCAUCACUGUAACUGGACUGGUAUUACCUGCAUUCCUACUCCUUCACUCUAUGUAUCCUCCAUUGACCUUCAAAGCUUGAAUCUUUCUGGUGAAAUACCAUCUUCAAUAUGUGAACUACCCUAUUUGUCUCAUCUUAACCUUGCUGAUAACCUUUUUAAUCAGCCUAUUCCACUGCACCUCUCUGAGUGCAGUUCCUUGGAGACUUUGAAUCUUAGUAAAAAUCUCAUUUGGGGUACUAUCCCAGAUCAGAUUUCAUUUGAUGCCUUGAAAGUUCUUGACUUGAGCAAAAAUCAUAUUGAAGGGAAGAUUCCUGAGAGUAUUGGGUCAUUGGUGCAUCUUCAAGUGCUCAACUUGGGAAGCAACUUGCUUUCAGGUACUGUUCCUUUUGUGUUUGGCAAUUUUACUGAGCUUGCUGUACUUGAUUUGUCCCAAAAUGCUUACUUGGCAAGUGCGGUUCCUACUGAUAUCGGAAAGCUUGAGAAGCUUGAGCAGCUGUUUUUGCAAAGAUCUGGUUUUCUUGGUGAAAUCCCUGAAUCUUUUGUUGGUUUAAGUAAUUUGAUCACUUUGGAUCUUUCUCAGAACAAUCUGACUGGUAAGCUUCCACAAACACUAGGCUCUUCUCUAAAGAACUUGGUGUCUUUUGACGUCUCAGAGAACAAGCUCUUGGGGUCAUUUCCAAGUGGUAUUUGUGAUGGAAAAGGCCUUAAAUUCCUCAGUCUCCAUACAAAUUUCUUCAAUGGUUCAAUACCUGAGUCCAUUUCUAAGUGCUUGAACCUUGAGAUUUUUCAAGUUCAAAACAAUGGAUUCUCAGGUGAUUUCCCUAAUGGAUUAUGGUCCUUACCAAAAGUUAUGCUGGUCAGAGCAGAAAACAAUAGGUUCUCUGGGGAAUUGUUAGAUUCAAUAUCAAAGGCUGCUCAGUUGGAGCAAGUUCAGAUAGACAAUAACAGCUUUACUGGUAAAAUACCACAGGGUCUUGGCCUGGUAAAGAGCUUAUACAGAUUUUCAGCUUCUCUUAAUGGUUUCUCUGGUGAAAUACCUCCAAACUUUUGUGAUUCACCUGUUAUGAGCAUAAUAAAUCUUUCCCACAAUACCCUGUCAGGUCAGAUUCCAGAGCUGAGGAAAUGCAGGAAACUGGUUUCCUUGUCUUUAGCAGACAAUAGUCUUACUGGAGAAAUCCCACCUUCCCUUGCUGACCUACCAGUGCUAACUUACCUUGAUCUAUCUCAUAACCAACUUAGCGGUUCCAUUGCACCAGGGUUGCAGAACUUAAAGCUGGCUCUCUUCAACGUAUCCUUCAACCAACUCUCUGGUAGGGUCCCAUCGUCUCUAAUAUCAGGCCUACCAGCUUCAUUUUUGGAAGGAAAUCCUGGACUCUGCGGCCCUGGAUUGCCAAAUCCUUGCUCCGAUGAACACCCGAAACAUCAUUCUUCUGGUUUGACAACCUUGACAUGUGCCCUCAUAUCUAUAGCUUUUGCCAUGGCAAUGCUGAUUGUUGCUGCUGGCGUGUUUGUGUUUCAUAGAUUUUCCAAGAGGAAGUCUCAGCCAGGCGUUUGGAGAUCAGUUUUCUUCUACCCUCUUAGACUCACCGAGCAUGAUUUAGUAAUGGGGAUGGAUGAGAAAAGUGCUCUAGGAAAUGGUGGUCCUUUUGGUAGGGUUUAUACCAUAAGUCUACCCAGUGGUGAACUAGUUGCCAUAAAGAAACUGGUCAAUUUUGGGACCCAACCUUCCAAAGCUUUGAAGGCCCAAGUGAAGGUAUUGGCCAAGAUGAGGCAUAAGAACAUCGUUAAAAUUCUGGGGUUUUGCCAUUCAGAUGAAUCGAUUUUCCUCAUUUAUGAAUUCCUGCAGAAAGGGAGUUUAGGGGAUUUGAUUUGCAGACCGGAUUUUGAGUUGCAAUGGAGUGCUAGAUUGAGGAUUGCAACCGGGGUGGCACAAGGAUUGUCAUACCUUCACAAGGGUUAUGUUCCACAUUUGCUUCAUAGAAAUCUCAAGUCAACAAACAUUCUUCUCGAUGCGGAUUAUGAACCGAAGCUUACGGAUUUUGCAAUUGAUAGGAUAGUUGGAGAAGCUCCAUUUCAGUCUACCAUUACUUCAGAAUUUGCACACUCCUGCUACAAUGCACCUGAAUGUAGAUACAGUAAGAAAGCUACCGAACAGAUGGAUGUUUAUAGCUUUGGGGUGGUGCUGUUAGAGCUCAUAACUGGUCGACAAGCUGAAGACAUUGAAUCCUUGGACUCACUCGAUAUCGUGAAGUGGGUUCGAAGAAAAGUUAAUAUUACCAAUGGAGCAUUACAAAUUCUUGACCCUAAGAUAUCAUCAAGUUCUUCCCAGAAGGAAAUGCUAAGAGCUCUUGAAACCGCCCUGCACUGCACCGCUGUUAUGCCAGAAAAAAGGCCAUCGAUGAUUGAAGUGGUGAAAACACUUGAGUCUCUUAACUCAGGUUCAUGUGUUCCGUCUACUUUGGACUCCGAGGAGCAAAUGCAGUCGGUUGGUGUUUGAAAAUUGAAAUUAAAAGAUGACCCCAUGCAAUCUGGUUCAUGUGUUUGUAUGUAAAUCAUGCGUUGCUGACUUGUUGUUUGGGCAUGGUGUGCCCAUUGCUUUACCAGGGGAUGUUUGGGAAGUGCAUUAAAAGUAAUAUGAUGAGGUUUUUACAAGGUAUAUUUCUAAUCACUGGUGCACACAGCAUUGCAAGUAUUACGACUUAUCUGGUAUUGCUUGUAAAGGUGCUUCAUCUUCAUUUUGCUAAUAAGAUAAUACUGUUGGCUUGAGAA